GAACGCCUACACACUUCACAGACAGUAGGCUCUCAUCAGCCUUAACUUAACCGCCUCUCCAGAACUUUCCUUACCGCCUAGGCCUAUACAUACACCAGCCAGCCAGGGUUUAUACAACAUACAGUGUAACUAAAGAGGAAAAUCAUGUUCAAAAAGUUGGUAGAGGCCAAAACUCAUCAGCGACUAUCCGGCGCAGACCGUAAAAAACUUAAACGAACGAUUAGAGAUCGUUUUCCUAAUGCUUCUGAUGCUCACAUUGACAUCUUAAUCCCUCCCAAGGUAGAGAUAACUGUUGCAAAAUAUCCGAACCGAGUACUUGUGUAUGGAAUAGAAAAUGAUGUUCCAAUAUUUUUUGAUGUUGAUGGACGAGGCUCUCAAAUAUUUCCAUCAGUAUAUGCUCUAUGGAAGGUCCCAGAACUUCUGCCUGCCUUUGUGUUGAAAGGUGGUGAAGUAUCGCAUUAUAUAAUUGGCGGGGCAGAUUUGAUGUAUCCUGGCAUAAGCAUACCCCCAGAAGGUCUACCUUCGCAUUCAGCUGGAGAACCAUGGGCGGUAAAAGUUCCUGGAAAUCAGGCUCCGAUUGCAGUUGGAACUACCACUAUGAGUAGCUCUGAAGCUGUAAAAGCUGGGUUGCGUGGAAAAGCUUUGAAGAUAUGCCACUAUUAUCGGGAUUUACUUUGGGAAUCAGCUGAGAAAUGCUACAUUCCAAAUGGUGGAUUUCUAGAUGAUGUUGUGCUUGAGGAUCCUUCUAUAUCAUUUGGUGGUCAAGGUGCUUCUUCUAAUGAAGGAGAAGCUUCCAUUACGGAGGAAAGUGGAACUAACAAUGAUAUAGGGGUGGUUGCUGGUGUCCAAGAUGAUCUUGUCUCUGACUCAAAUAUUGUGGAAAAUGUUCUUGAUGAGCAAGUAAUCGCAGAUGUCCAAGAUUUGAAAUUAACGGAAGAUGGUGGCCAGUCAAAUGCUGAUGGUGAGCAGCGAGUUACUUUAUCAGUGGAGGAGGUGGAUACUCUUUUGGACAAGUGUCUUCUGCAAGCAUUGCACACUACAGUUAAGGAUAAAGAUCUUCCUAUGCCUGGAAGUACAUUAUGGUCAAAUCACGUGUUGCCUUGUAGGCCGGAAGGCAUUACUCUGGAUAUUAAGAAGUCCUCAUACAAAAAAUUGUCCAAGUGGCUACAGUCUAAGUCUUCUUUAGGACUGAUUUCGGUGAAAGAAGAUAAACAUAAAAAGGAAACUACACUGGUUGGUGUUAAUCGCAAACAUGCUGAUUACACAUCGUUCAAGCCAGAAAAAAGAAAGGCGGAGAAGAUGGAACAAGUCACAAAUCCAACUGCCAGUGAAGGAAGGGUGAUACUGGAAGUUGAAGAGAUCUAUAAACCAAGUGUGCAUGUCAAUCCCAUCUUUGCUUCUGUAGGAGCUGAUACAGGAAAACUCUUUAGUGCAUCAGAAGCAACUGACAUAGUCUUUCAAUACAUAGAAAAGGAGAAUCUGGUCAAACCCACCAAUAAGUCUAUAGUGGUUCUGGAUGCAAUACUAUGUGAUGCACUGUUCAAGGGAACUGUCAAGAAGGGAGGAACUUAUCCAACAGAAAUUCAUAAAAAAGAUUUAGGGAGUACAUUUGUAAACCGAAUGCAAGCGCAUCAUAGAGUGACAAGAGGAACUGAGUCGGCUGUACGUAAGGGUGGCCUCAAAACAAUCCAAAUUUUAACAGAACGAAGGCAAGGUAAUAAGAAAGUUACAAAGUUCUCGGGAUUUGAAUCAUUUUUGAUUCAUGCUGAUGCAUUGGCUUCAGAGCUUCAGAAAAAGUUUGCAUGUAGUACAUCUGUCGCAGAACUACCAGGUAAGAAGGGGCAUGAGGUUUUAGUCCAAGGUGGUGUUAUUGAUGAUCUGGCGAAACAUCUAGUUCAGCAAUAUGGAAUUCCAAAAAAAUACAUUGAAGUUCUCGACAAAACGAAGAGAUGAGAGGGUUUUUGCUUUCUCCCCAGGAGCAGACGAUUAAAAGAUUAGCGAUCAGAUUGGUUUGUUCUAGCAAGGAGCUGCAACAGUUUUAGACAUGUUGAGAAGCAGAUGUUAAAGUCUUCUAACUUCUCAGCUUUUGAGACUGGGAUAGAUGAAAAUUUUUUGAUUACUAUUUUCUAUAUUUCAUAUUCUAUUGAAUUUAAAGUUUCAUAAAGCAUGAGGAAAGACAAAUUUUUCCGAAAGAAGAUUUUGUGCUGACAAGUUUGAUAUCUAAUAUUCUUGGUUAGUGAUUCUCUGA